UCCAGGAACCGGGGCCAGAAGAUGGCGGCGGCCGCUGAGUUGACGCUGCUGGAAAAAUCCUUGGGCCUGAGUAAAGGGAAUAAGUACGGCGCUCAGGGCGAGCGGCAGGUUCCGGUGCUUCAGACAAACAAUGGCCCUAGUCUGACAGGACUGACCACCAUAGCAGCCCAUCUGGUCAAGCAAGCCAACAAAGAGUACUUGCUGGGGAGCACGGCGGAGGAGAGAGCCAUCGUCCAGCAGUGGCUGGAGUACAGGGUCACGCAGGUGGACGGGCACUCCGGUAAAGAAGACGUCCGCGCGCUGCUGAAGGACCUUAAUUUGUACCUGGAGGACAAGGUCUACCUGGCAGGCUUCACCUUCACCCUGGCAGACAUCCUGCUCUACUACGGGCUCCACCGCUUCAUCGUUGACCUGACAGUUCAAGAAAAGGAGAAGUACCUGAACGUGUCUCGCUGGUUCUGCCACAUCCAGCAUUACCCGGGCAUCCGGCAGCACCUGUCCACGGUCGUCUUCAUCAAGAACAGACUCUACGCGAAUGCCCACUAGAGCUGCCCACGCUGCCCCGAGGAGCCGUUGUGUGGCCAGGAGGGCAGGCCCACGGGCCUCACGGGGACUACUGUUGCCGCCGUCCUUUGCCGAGCUGAGAGAUGGUUUAAAGCAUAAACUGGCGUCUUACAUGUUUUUUUAGUUUGACAUGUUACAUUUUGUUAAUGUACAAACUUAACUUCUGUCAAUGUUGAGAUCAAGUUAUAAACCACCCUGUUUUUAAUAGCUGAAAAUUAUUUUAAUAAAAGUUACAAAUCAGCGGCUUAACCUGAAAAGAAACAGAUGGUCCUUACAAUUGGCUAUUACUUACCCUGUCACGUUUGAAAGUUCAUUUGGCUCUUAUAUGUAUUUAUAGUAGCUUGUUCGUUAAGAUUUAUGAUGAAUGGUGCGAAGAAUACAGAAAGGGAAGAAAGAUGAAUUUUUAUUCAGAUAUUUAUGUGAGCAAGUAAAUGUGGUUGAAAAGA